UUUGGAGAAGAUUUAACAGACCACAUUGGGAGGCGUAAUGAGAUUUUGCUGUGUGUUUGUCUUAGUAAAUGGGCACCGCAGACGGGACAGAGAAGUUCAGAACCAGUUCAGCCAGCGGGCUUCGGACCGUUUACUCUCCAUCGUCAACGACUCUGAUCACACCCGGCAAACUCAGGCUUGUGAAGAGGACGUUAAGGUAAGAAUAGAUGAUGUGACGCAUGACAGCACGGGGACUGAUGGCAGCUUGUGGGACCCCGAUGAUCUUCUUGCGACCGACACCCCUCCGCCUCGUCGCCGUCGUGAAGGCCUCCUCCCUGGGUCCGUCUCUCUCUCACCAGUCGAUCGGGUCCUCACCAGGCUGAGCCGUCAGCCCUUCACCAAGCCAAGCAGCCCGCCGUUGGAAACCUGCGACAUCAGCCUGGUGGCCCUGGAGGUGGACAGUGAGGAAGAAGCUCCGGGGCCAAAGUCUCUGCUUUCACGGCUGUUUUCAGACGUUGGCAGAAGUGAAGACAAGAAGGAAACUCCACGUCCAGCUCUCGAUCUCACUUGCACUCGGAGCCAGUCGGCCUCGGCGUGCGAACCCAUUUCCAAAGUCUUGAGGGAGGACGGCGUUCGACUUCGCUCCUAUUCCUACUCGUACUCCAAGUUCUGUCCAAGUCGUAACCCCAGGGACAACCACACACCAGAAGAUGGCGUUCUCCACAGCGUCAGCCACAGCCGAUCUCUCCUUCAGGCGCUCUCUCUGUCUAAAUCCACCCUGUCUCUGUCUCUGCUCCACCCAGGCAAACAAAGAGCCUCCAGCAUUUCAGAGCAGCCCAAUGAUAAAAGAGAGGUUAGGUUCCGUAAGCGGGCCCAGUCUGCUGACGAAGAGGGCAGCACUGAGCUGGCAGAGUCGCUGCAGCAUCUCACCCUGUCUGAGUUUCUCAAAGAGAUUGAAGAAGAGGAGAUGGAGAAGUGCAACAUUCCCACCAAGGCAGAGUCAGAGAAGUAUAGAGUCACUCGCACAUUCAGCUUUCUGAAGAACAGGAUGUCCAGCACACGCAACAAGAACAAGGGGAAAGGGAAGGACAGAGAAACCAAGGAUAGGCACCUGAACGGCCACCGGUUUGCAACAGGCCCCUGUUUAGGUCCCACGCUGUGUGUGGUGUGUGACAAACCAGCUUCUGGGAAGGAGCUUCUGCACUGCUCAGGUUGCACUGCUAUCGUCCAUAAGAGCUGUAAGGAGUCUGUCCCGCCGUGCUUGAAGAAACUACAGGAUAGAUGUGCGAUGACAGUGGAGAAAAGCAAGACGGCGUCUCUUCCACAGAACUUCACAGUGAGAGACAGUCCGUCUCAUUCUGUGAUCCCCAUUUCUGCUACUCAACCUGUCCUCACUCCAAAGCAGAGGAAGGAGACUGGGAUGCAGUCAUGCUCUUUGCCUGGAAGCUUACCCAACAGUGACAGUAUGCUCAGCGAGAGUUCAGAGGCAGAAUCUGAAGCCCUGAGGCCGAAAAGCCAUUCGGAGGAACUCCUGCCAACUCCGGGCUCCUCUGCCUCUAAUGAGUCAUCCUUCGGAGAAGACUGUGUGGACUCGUACAUUCAGACUCACAGCAACAUUUUAGCGGAUUCUGCUGAUUACGAUGCCGAGUCGUGGAGUUUGACGGUGGAGCACAAGUUUUGCAAGAGGCAAGACAAGCGGGCCGUCAAGAGGCAGGACGUUGUUUACGAGCUGAUGCAGACUGAGCUCCACCACCUUCAGACUCUGCACAUCAUGGCCGAGGUUUUCCGGCGAGGCAUGAAGGAAGAGGUGCAGUUGGACGCCGAGUUGGUGGAGCGGGUGUUUCCCUGCCUGGACCAGCUGCUCGCCUUCCACCACGCCUUCUUCACUGCCAUGAAGGAGCGGCGUCAGAGCUCCGGGCAGCCCCCGGGUCACAGGAACUACCUGAUACAGCAAAUCGGUGACAUCUUGCUCCGACAGUUUUCAGAAGAGAAUGGAGAAAAAAUGAAGCAGGUGUAUGGAGAAUUCUGCAGUCAUCACAACGAAGCAGUCGCCUUUUUUAAGGAUCUCAUGCAGCAUAAUAAGAGAUUUCAAAGCUUCAUUAAGCAACAAGGUCAUAACUCUUUGGUGCGGCGGAGAGAGAUCCCAGAAUGCAUUUUGCUGGUAACUCAAAGGAUCACAAAAUACCCAGUGCUGCUGGAGAGGAUCCUACACUAUACUCAAGAGCAAACGGAGGAGCAUGCCAACCUUUCCAAAGCCCUGACUCACAUUCGGGACGUGAUAGCGGCCGUGGACGUGAGAGUCAGCGAAUACGAGCGCCACCAGAGGCUACAGGAAGUGUGGAACCGCAUGGAGAACCGCAGCGUGGCCAAGCUGAAGAGCGGCAACAUCUUCCGUAAGCAGGACAUGAUGGGUCAAACGCUCAGACACCAGGGCAUGCUGCUGUGGAAGACCGCCACUAGUCGUCUUAAAGAUGUCCUGGCGCUCCUCCUCACAGAUGUACUCGUCUUCCUUCAAGAGAAAGACCAGAAAUACACAUUUGCUGCUGUGGACCAAAAGCCUCCUGUCAUCGCGCUGCAGAAGUUAAUAGUUCGGGAAGUGGCGAACGAGGAGAAAGGGAUGUUUUUGAUCAGCGCCUCUUCUGCAGGCCCAGAAAUGUACGAGGUUCACACUUCAUCCAAAGAGGAGCGAAAUACCUGGAUGAGGCUCAUUAGAGAGGCCGUAGAAAGCUGCCCUGAAGAACCAGAGGAAUACGCAAGUGAGUCAGAAGAGGAGAAGCGAACUGCUGAGGCUCGUUUCCAGAAGAUCCUCAAGUUACAAGAGAGCUUGACAAGUCAAGACCAGCAGAUCUGCUCCAGCCUGGAGGAGAAGCUGCAGAUCUACACAGAGCUGUCCGUGCUGAGCGGGAGGACGGACGGCGGGCUGGUGGAGCCGCGACUGCUGGUGCAGCCUCAGUCAGAGGAGCUGCCGCAGACCGCUGCGCUACUGGCUGCUGCUCUGCAAGAAGCUGAGAACCUCCAAGCCACGCUGUCGUCCAAGGCCCGCUCUCUGUCGAGUCACAGCCAGGACUCUGACUCGGUGUUUCCCAUCAGCCCCGCCGCUCUGUCCGAUCCCUCAUCCGACGCCUCGGAGAAAAACGGGGGAAACCGGAGCGACACUUUUGACCUUCAGCCUCUGUCUGACUCGCAAAAAAAACACCAGAGUACAGUUGACUCCGAGGCUGCUGAGAGUGUCCAAACCUUGACUCAGUUACUCUACAGUCUGCAGGCUGCCGUAACCAUUCAGGACACUUGCUACGAGGUCCAGAAGCUCCUCCUGCAAGCGAGCGAGCUGGCCUCGCCCCGCGGUCCCUGCCUGCACCUCCACGGCCUCCGCGGCAACUCACUGCAGGAGCAGGAGAAGCAGCGCAACCUGGAGAAGCGCAAGGAGGAGUUGGCAGCGGCCCAGCGGCUCCGGGAGCAGCUGCGCCAGGAGAGGGAGCGCUGGGAGCGAGAGUGCCAGGCCAAGGAGAGCCAGCAGGUGGAGCAGGAGAGCCGGCUGGAGGAGAGGGAGAGGAAGUGCCUGCAGGCUGCGCAGAAGCUGAGGCAGGACAGGGAGGAGCUAGAGGAGCAACUGGAGGAGUACCAACAGAGCCUGGAGCGGCUCCGGGAGGGGCAGAGGAGCGUGGAGAGGGAGCGCGAGCGUCUGGAGGACCAUCAGAAGCUGCUGCAGGCCUGGAAGCACGGGCGGCAGAGCAGCCUGCCCGCCGUAAUACCCCACCUGGUCAUCCCUUUGGAUGUGCAGCAGGCCUCUUCGCCAAAUAACUCCAGACAGCACUCCGGUAACGGCUCUGUGUUUGUGAACGAGGCGGCAUUUGCCGGCAGCAGCGUCAACAAUCGCCACUUCCACCACAAGCAGAAUGACCCGAGGGCACACAAUUGUUUCAACAGCCUGUUGGACAGAUCUAACAACAGACAGUACCCUGGUGACACGAGCCCGCACGGCACUGGAUACAUCUACAGUAAUCCCUUGGGAAGUCUUAAGCACUCAACCAGUGAGUCCAGCUACAAUGGUAACACCUGGAUGUCGACAGCUGACCCUGAUCCGGAGCUCCCACAUCCCAGUGAGCGUCAUCUGGAGCUGAGCACGCUGGUUUCCUUGGAGACUGACAGCGAUCAGGAGGAGGGAAGGGAGGAAAAGAUUGUGUUCCUGUGAAUGUUGAGCCGUGUUAGACUUAGGAGGUCGACACGCCACCCGGAAACAUUUCCAUCUUACGUUUUGCGUCAAACGCCUCUCGCUGCAGAUCUCCUCUCCCAUACAUCUCAUCUCUUGAGCACUAUGUUUAAUACCCUUGAAAAAGAUCUUUUAACUUAGGCUCUACCCUGUGACAAUGAAAAUGUCAGCUGC